CAUUGAUACACGAUUCAAGUCGGACACAAAUAAAAAUGGUGGUUCAAUAGAUUAGAUUUCUCUGAUCAAACUGUUUAUUGAAAUAACAAACGAACUUAAUCAAAAGUGUACGAGAAAUAGAAAACUUUUUUAUAUUUUUUGCCAAUAUUAAUAUUUAUCUGGUGCGAUUACGUGGUGCGUUGGGAAGAGUUGUGUUUGACAAAUAACAGGUUGUCGGAGACACCGAUUUCGCUAUAGUUUUGUAUCUAAAGUGUUGUUUUUUUAACUGCAAUACGCUUGUAAGGUGUACCAAUUUUUAAAUCAUUUACUAAGUGUUUAUUUAAGCAAUGUAAACUUGAGUUGAAUGGAAAUAAAGUUCACUAAAGAUAUCGAAGUAAGCUGGACAACUGUUCUAUUCAAUCAGCAUGUGACCCAAAUCCGAGAUUUCUCUUCUUUGUGUUUUAUUGCUGGGUUCAUGUUUACGCAGUGAAAAGCUGAAUCGAUUGUCAAGGAAUACAGAGAGCGGUGGUUUGAGCGGCGAUCCUCAGUCAGGACAUGCUAUUUUAUGAACUUGUCACGGUUGACUACCUGUGCAACUCGGUGGGGGUCAGGUGCAGUGCGCUGAAUAUCCAUAAUUUUAAAAGCAUCGACCGGAUUCCCGCUUUACUUGAUGCUUUACUUAUCAACAUUGAAUGAAAAUACACAACUGAGAUAGCUGUGGGAGAUACAGUGAUAACAGAGAUCAGUGUUUACCUGAAAUGUGUGUAAACAGUCGCGAAAGCAUGAAACAAGUGAAACACAUUUUGGUAAAAUGAAGAUCAGCUGUAAAUACAUUGAAUUGAGCCGCACAGAGUAGGACAAUGGUGCAAAAUGGCUCAUUCUGAAAAUCACAGGUAUAUUGUGCAGGUGUAUGUGGGUGCACUGUCUCCACACUACGAGGCCCUGUCAGUAGAAGCCUCCAAGCAGACCAGCUCUGAAGAAAUUGUCUGCUGCAUCACUGACAAACUCGGACUUACUAAUGGAUCCGGAGGCCCAUAUGAACUGGCAGAGGUGGUGGGAGACAUGCUCAGCGGCGAGUGCAAGGAGCGGCGACUGGGGCCCAAUGAGUCGCCCGUCGCUGUCAUGUUGCUGUGGCCCAACAACACCGGCUCGGGACAGUAUAACAGAUUUUAUCUCCGAGAGAAAAUUCCCGACGAACCAUGGAUGGAGAACUUCUCGGUGGACCCGCAGCUGAUAAAGGAUUACUUUCAGCGCUUCUUGUACCAGCCGAAGGACCGCGAGUACCCCGACCUGUGCCAGUUGCCGGAGCUCAACGAGCAGACGUUGCUAGAUAACUUGAGGGCGAGGUUCUCGGCCGGCUACAUCUACACAUACGUCGGCUCUAUAUUAAUAGCACUCAACCCGUUCAAGUUCUACCCUAUCUACAACCCGAAGUACGUGAAGUUAUAUCAGAACAAACGUAUAGGACUGCCGCCUCACAUAUUCGCAGUUGCCGACGCCGCAUAUCAUUGUAUGCUCCGAGAGAGAACUAAUCAAUGCAUAGUGAUCAGUGGAGAGAGUGGUUCAGGAAAGACUGAGAGUACGAAUUUUCUACUUCAUCAUCUGACGGCGUUGAGUCAAAAAGGAUCUCAUGGUAGUGGUGUCGAGCAAACAAUAUUGAGUGCAGGCCCAGUGUUAGAAGCAUUUGGAAAUGCUAAAACUGCCCAUAAUAAUAAUUCCAGUCGGUUUGGCAAGUUUAUACAAGUGAACUACAAGGAAAAUGGCAUGGUGCAUGGAGCUGUUGUACAAAAAUAUCUUCUGGAAAAAUCAAGAAUAUGCAGUCAAGGUCGUAACGAGAGGAAUUAUCAUGUGUUCUAUUACUUAUUGGCUGGUGCGUCGGAGCAGGAGAAGGAACAGUUGCAUUUACUUAGUGUUGACAAAUAUAAUUAUUUAUCGAGGACUGGUUGUAGUGAGGUGCCCGGUAUUGAUGAACAGUAUGAAUUUUCUCGGUUAAAACAAUCCAUGGAGAUGGUGGGCUUCACGAUGGAUAAGCAGCGGCGAUUGUUCGCCGUCCUCUCGGCCGUGCUACUUUUGGGCAAUGUGGAGUUCCAACCGCAGAGGAAGUCAUAUCACCAUGAUGAAGCAGUGGGUGUACGGAACCCAGAGGUGGUUUCUCUCAUAUCCUCGCUGCUGCGGGUCAAACAGGAGACCCUACUGGCUGCCCUCACGUCCAAACGAGCACGGGCUUCCGGAGAAACCCUAGUUAUAAAUUACAGAUUGCCUGAAGCGAUAGCGACGCGAGACGCGAUGGCAAAGUGCUUAUAUGGUGCUCUCUUCGACUGGAUUGUGAUGCAAGUCAACCACGCGUUGCUCUCUAAAAAGGAUACGCUAAGGGAACAUCAGGGACAUAGUAUAGACUUUGGUCUGAGCAACAGCUUUGAGCAGUUGUGCAUCAACUAUGCUAACGAGCACCUGCAGCAUUACUUCAACCAGCAUGUGUUCAAGUACGAGCAGGAGGAGUACAAGCGGGAAGGUAUACCCUGGACUGAUAUAGGGUUCAGUGACAACACGGGCUGCUUGCAGCUCAUUGAAGGCAAGGUCAAUGGGCUCCUGUGCCUGCUCGAUGAUCAGUGCAACUUCCCAUGGGCGACGAAUGAGACGUUAUUACAGAAGUUUAAUUCUGUACAUGAGAACAAUCCCUUCUAUGAGAAGCCACAGAGGCGGGAGCCUGCUUUUGUAGUCAGACAUUAUGCUGGGAGAGUCAAGUAUCAGGUGACGGCGAUGCGUGAGAAGAACUUGGACCUGAUGCGGCAGGAUAUAGUGAGCGUGUUGAAGAACUCCUCGCUAGCGUUCGUGAGGGAACUCGUCGGAGUCGACCCGGUAGCCGUCUUCCGAUGGGCGAUUGUGCGCGCUUUUUCAGGGUAUUUUGCGUUCCUGGAGGCAGGGCGGAGACACCGCGUGCAGCGAGUAGACGGCGCGUCCCGCGUACCGCGCGCCUCUAUCCACGCCCCCAACGACACCAUCAUCAGAACGCCCCACAGAGCGGGCAGUAAGGCGCGCGAGACUCCGACGCGGGCGCACGCCGAUACUAAACCCAGGACAGAGACAGCGAACGCGGCCCGCACGGGUGGGAAAGGGACAAAAAAUUACAGGAUCGCCGAGACUCGCACGCGGCGGGAGCGCGCGCUCGACGACACCGACGUCAUGCAGCGCGCCAGCCAGAUCGUCAUGAAAAACAAGUCAUUUAGGCCUAGGGAGAGAGCGAAAAAAGGUUUAAAGAAUCUCCAGAGCGUGAAGACGUUGGCGGGUCGCACGGCGGCGCCGGCCGGGAAACGGAAACAACAACAAACUGUCGCCGCGCAGUUCCAGCACUCACUCUCCGCACUCAUGGACACACUCAAUCAGGCCAACCCAUUCUUUAUCAGAUGUAUAAAAUCAAACGGCGAGAAAGUUCCACAUGUGUUCGACGAUGAAACUGUACAACGUCAGCUUCGGUACACGGGAAUGUUGGAAACGGUCCGGAUACGACAGGCCGGGUAUAACGUCCGGCUCACGUACGAGGAGUUCAUACAACUCUACAGGAUAUUAUUACCUAAAGGAUUGCUCAGUUCGCAAACUGAUGUACGACACUUCCUCGCCACACUCAACUUGGAUAGGGAUAACUAUCAAUUAGGUGCUACAAAGAUCUUCAUGCGUGAGAGUGAGCAGACGAAGCUGGAGUACCGACUGCACCAGCAGAUCAUGGCUUCCAUCAUCACCAUACAGCGGUGGUUCAGGGCCGUGCUCGAGAGGAGACGGUUCUUGGCACUACGGCGGGCUUCCGUCGUCAUACAGUAUUUUACCAGACAAUGGCUAACAGCGCGACAGGUGGCAGUGGUACGUCUACAAGCGUGGUACCGCGGCGCGCGGCAGCGACGGUGGUACUUACGGCUACGUCGCGGGAUCGUCGCCUUCCAGGCCGCCGCCAGGGGACAUCUACUGCGACGGGCCAUACUGGCGCGCAGACCUUCCGGAGACUCCGAGCAUGACGGCCGCGCCGACCUCGCCGCGCGCCGCGGGCCCUGCCAGGACCCCGUGAGUAUUCUACGAAAAGAACUGGAAAAUUCAAGGCAACUGAGGGCGACACAAUCAUUACCUAUACCGAGGGUCGAGAAGAAACGGGACAUUUUAAUAGAUACUAUAGAAAAUACAACAAAUGUUCAGAAAGUCAAGAAGAGAGUUUCCAAGACGGAAAAUGCUUUGAUGAGACAAACAAGCACAAGCGUAAUACCCAAAGAAACGAGCGAGUCGCCAGAGGAUGAGAGAUGGAAUGUCACCACGAAUACGAACAGGUAUCUUCAGACUGGAGUCACUCUACCCAACAAGAUCACUCCUGAAGACUUAGCGGACGAAUUACUCUGGCUACGGCUCGACCAGAACUACCUCAUGAAUGAAAAAGAAGCUAUUACUAAGAAACGAGAAAAGCGAGAGAAAGAAGACUACACAUCGAAAAAGAAAGAAUUGGAGCUAUUGGAGUCCAUCAUGAGUAGCAGUGAAGAGUACCUUAGGCAGAUAGGCAAUUGGAACCCUUCGGAUAGUACGGAAACCAAUAAAACAAGUAUCAGACGCGGGUCUGCGGGCGUGUACCAGCGCAGCGUGUCGAGCGCGACGCUGGAGGCGCGCGGCGUGUCCGGCCUGCAGGCGCUGCAGUCGCUGCCCGGCGUGCGCCGCGACCCCCGCGCCCCGCCCCCGCCGCACUCCGCGCCCGCGCCCGGCCUCUCCGUCACACCUGCGCCUGAGACACCGGCGAGUACAGAGCCGGCCAGUGUAUGCGCGGCGCCCGCGCCCCCGGCCCGGUCAGGGCGCCGCUCCCCCCGCCGCGCCGAGCGGGGCCCGCCGCCUGAUAUCAUCGUCGACGCCUCGCUCUCACUGCACGAUCGCGCUGGUUCGGAGCAAAUAAGUGGUCUAGUAGUGGCGGGGGUCCCCACGCCGAGCGUGGCGGGCGCAGCCCUGCGGCGGCGGAACUCGGACCCCGCGCCCGGGGACGUACGGCCACUCGACCCACGCUCCACUGACUUCAUCGGACAGACUGGGAAUGGACUCUUCCGAAUCGCUGGCCACAGGUUUCGUAAAGGCACUCGGUUUGCGAAGGGUGACAAGUGCGUAUACUGCCACCAAGCUAUCGACGCAUUCAUCACGCAGGGCCAGCGCUGCAUCGACUGCAAACAACUCUACCACACCAAGUGCAUACAGAACAAAGGAGUCAUCACCAUGCCUUGCUCUAGUCCCGUCACCGUCGCCAGUAGGGGGCGCCACAAGAACAGAAAGAGAAUCAUAUCCAACUCUAAUUAUAACUUACUAGAUAACUCUAAAAGUUCUGUCAGUUCCAACUUUAACCUAACGGGCACGUCAGAAUUUAUGGAUAGGACCGAUAAGAUAAUAUCGGACGCGACUGAGCUACAAGCAAUGCAGAAUUUCAUUAUGGAGAAGAUUUAUGAAAUGGAACCUAAUGAGAAGAAGAAGCAAUCUGAGGUCGACAGGGUAUUCAAACACGCAUUACUAGAAUUCAAAGACAAUUUAGUAGCGACCUACAGCAUAGUGGAGACGCGGGGGUCUGCGCUGAAGUACAAGGAUCUGAUUGGAAACUUCCUGCAUGUCAUGGAGACAGUUUGUGCCAGGGAGGGGUCCACGCUCUCCAUCACCAUGGGGGUCAACGCCUUUAGGGGUUUCAUGGACGAGUUUAUGAGCCAACAUGACACUGACAAAGCUAGGACGAAAAGAAAAAAGGAUAAAAAGAGAAAGGUGGACGAUCCAAUACAAUACAAAGGUCAUACGUUCAUACUGUCCAUGAUCAACAUACCGACGGAGUGUGAGAUCUGCAAGACUUUCUUCAUGUGGCCCAUAGAACGGUCGCUCAUAUGCCAGACGUGUAAACUUGCCUCGCAUAAGAAGUGUUACACUAAGGUGUCGACACUGUGCCGUAAAGACAACCAGACCCCGUCGGCCGCGAUAGUGGGCGCUGUCGACGCGGGCGGACGGGAACAAAUGGGGGUCGUCACACGAGGAAAGGUGUUUGGAGUACCACUACCGGACUUACCGACGGGCGAGAGCAACAUCCCCAUAGUCGUGGACAGGCUAAUUACUACGAUAGAAAUGACCGGCCUCUACACAGAGGGCUUGUACAGAAAAAGUGGACUUAGUUCGAAGGUAAGAAUCAAUGAAAGUUUGGCAGCAGCACAUCAACAGCAUGUGCGUGAGCUUAGACGGCUACUGGACGAGUCCCCGGAGGAGGGCGUGGACCGACUGGACCUGUACGCCGUGCACGUGCGUGCGUCGGUACUGAAGAGCUUCUUCCGCGAGCUGCCCGAGCCACUGCUGACCUUCGAUCUAUACGACGACUUCAUACUCGCCGCGCAGAUCUCCGACCCACAGGAGCGGGUCUCUACUAUAUUUACAAUUCUAAGAAAGCUACCGAAACCAAACUUCGAUCUUGUCGAGAGGCUAAUAUUCCACCUGGCGAGGGUGGCACUUGGAGAGGAUCAUAAUAGGAUGGGUCCGAAUGCGUUAGCGAUAGUGUUUGCCCCGUGCAUACUGCGCACACACAAGAUACAACCUGCACAGGACUCGCUGCACGACAUCGCGCGACAGACUGCCUGUCUAGAGGCCAUACUCGUUGAUAAGAUGCGCACCGUACGUGGCAUGCUCCAGGACAUAGCGACGCUGGACACGGCGUGCCACACGGCCACCAGCCGCCUGUCGUCGCUGCGCUCCCACAGCCACGCGCCGCGCAACGAGGAACAGAUCCUCGUCGGACACAUACACGAGAUACAGAAGGAGAAGGCCAUCCUCACCUCCAACCUGCCCACACUAAUCAGAGCGACGUCAGACGACGAGAUGCUCUCUACGACGGACCACGACGGCGAGCUGGGCAGCACUGACGACCUGAGUACCGGGGCCAGUUCCAUGCGGUCGCAGAGACUCUUACACCGACAGCUCUCCUCGGACGACCCCAUCAUGGUGUAACGCCAGUCUUCACACCGUGGAUCAUAUCAAUACAUAGACGAUUACACCCGGGCUGCAGCAACGUAAGUGCGUCAAAUAAUCGCGAGCCUCCACCCAGAUGCUAUGCAAUGAUGUCCAAGUUUUGCCAUGAUAAUUAUAAAUGUUGUCAAAACAUGCAUGAUUCGAUAAGUUUUCUAUAUUAAAAUUCAUGACAGAAUAAAUUAGUUCAAUGUUCCUGUGCGUUAUUUUACAUUUAAAUUGUUUAGAAUUACACCACUGUAGAGUGUUUUUAAAACUCGUCGGAUAGUAUUUAUUGUAUGUUUGCGACUUGUCCCGUACUGUUGCUAAUAGUUAGCGAAGAAAUAACUUCAAAUAGAGAUUGAUGUGCAACCAACACUCCUGUUCUUGUAUAUCGUACUAUGUGCUAUGUAAUUGAGCUGUUUUAGACAAGUAUACAUGUGCUAGCAGUAGUGUGCGCGUGCGCAGUCGACGUAGCCGUUGUUCUACCGUACUUAGACGUAGUGAUGAGCUUAUUUCAGUAAGUCAUAGUCGCCGCUACUACACCUUGGCGAUUGCCCAAAUUUGUGAUGUGUGAAUAUAAAAGUAUUUUUUCGUACAUAAAAAUAUUUACAUCCAUCUUUGCACUGACGUAUUUUAUGAUAUAUUUUCUGUGUAAAUAUGUAAAUCUUGUCUAAAGGUGAUUUUAAAAAUUAUAGCAAUAUAUUGUUCUUCUUUCGUAUUUUGUUAUUAUUAGACGACUUAAGAUGACACGUGACUGUAUUUUCAAAGUUUGCGAUUGGUUGGUAGGUUACAACUACUAGCUACUUGGUGAAAAGUGAUCCAUUCCAUUUUGUGUAAUUAUUUUAUUUAGGUAUAUUAUGUCGUCUCUUUGUCGACGCAAAAUUGUAACAAAAUUGUCUGACACACAUCAAAAGAAUAUGCCAAAUUGGUGUUUAUUCUUAAAUUUCAUAUAGUUUUAGGACGAUGAAUUAGUGAUGUUGUAAUUCUGAGUUAGCUCGUGAGUCGUGUAAUGUUCUGUAGAAAAGUUCAAAAUUAAACCAACCCAAAGACAUCACUUAAUGACGUUAGAAUUACGCAAUUUUAUUGAGAUUUUGUGAUCCUAGUUAACUAAUCAUGUUCCAAUCUAUACAAGGUAUCAAUUAAUUAUUUUAUAAACCAAAAUUUAUAUCUAGUUGCUUUGCCUUCAUGAUAUACUUACUAUAUUAUUUAGCAACUUGUAUGUGUGUUAAACGUGAAUGUUGUAAAGCAUUCAGAAAAUUUUAAUCUGGUUUCAAAAUAAUAUUUUACAUUAAAUAUUUUGCCUGAGUACUUAUGA